UGUCAAAAACUAGCAUUUUGGUACAGAAUUUGCUUCUUAAAUCCAGAAAUAUGUUGGCAGUAAUACAUCAAGCAUUGCCAAACAUAGUGCUAAGUGUGAGACAUGGUAACAGAAACUACUGAGGCCCCAUACGUCACUAAGGCAGGAAGAUGUGGUUGGCCAUGCAGCGUAACGGAGCAAAGGAAACAGAAAAAUGCUUUGUGACAUUCGCCACGGCUUUCUGUCGAGGAGAACAGGUUCGACAUGACCUCACCACCUCUUUUCCUAAUGGAAUACGUUCCUCAUGGUUUUUGUGACGAGAACGAAACACCUCUGAUGGAAAUUUCAGACUUAUCUCACGUUUAUGGGGUUGAGAUUUUGAAAGAAAUGUUCCUCCAUGUCUGUCGCUAAUGACCACUGGAAACCCUCUGAUAUUUGCAUUAGUCUUUUUUUCUUCUCUUUUGCUUUUUUCCUUUGCGCCAAAGGAGAAGCCGUGUAACACGCUGCCCACAGUGAAGAAGCUCCUGGAGCAGAAGAGAAAGCGAGAGACAUCUUCAGCUCCUCCAAUUUGUGCCUCUGCGACCAAUAACACUGGUGCUGCUGCGCCAAUCCCAGUGCCAACAUCAGAUCUCUCUGCCAGUGCAAACAGCAGCUACUCAGAUAUGGCAGCGAUGAGAUAUGACCGGUUGGAGGUAGCCAUGCAGCCACACUCCUCUUCUUUUCAGGAGUGCAGCCCCUUCUCCUGUCUGACUUAUGCAACAGACUCUCCAUGUCCUCUCAGCUACACACCUGGUCCAGUCUAUAGUUUAUCUGCAGAACCUCAGCUUUCCAGCUAUAAUCCUCUUUCACUGCAGGACUGUCCGACUGCACAGAUUCCACAGCAUUUUCAGCCCAGUACAGAGUGUCCCGUGAUCUCAGCCAUGCCUAGUUCCAGCAUUGACCUCAGGACUCAGAGUAUAAGUGUUCCAAGCUCUGGUUACGUGUGGCCCUCUGGGUCCAGAGCUCAGGCAUCCACAGUCCCCUGCAGUCUGUCAGUUAGGCCCCAGAUGGACAUGAACAUGGCUAAGCUUGAGGAGGCACGGCUCGUCCUCCAGGCCAUGGAUUGCAGAACCACAUGGAAGGAUGAUGAUGGAGACACAAUUCUGCACAUAUACACUGCUAAGGGCCAAAGGGAAUAUGCCUUUGCUGCAGCUGAGAAACUGCAGGAGCUUGGCUCAUUGGACACAAAGGAGCACAGGGGAAAGACUGCAUUGCUGGUAGCAGUGGCGGCCAAUCAGCCAGAGAUCGUGCAGGACCUGCUCUCUCUGGGCGCUGAUAUCAGCAUCUGUGACAUCAAAGGUCAAACCGCACUGCACCUAGCAGCCACAUAUGGCUUUCCACAGGUCAUGAAGGUUAUCCUCUCUAUGGAACACGGCGUGGAUCUAGAGACUCGCAAUUUUGAAGGUCUAACCCCAUUGCACUGUGCGGUGAUUUCUCACAAUGCCACAAUGAAGGCUCUUGCUUCCACCUCCUCUUCAUCUUCCGUCUGGUUACCUGAUGGCAAUCUGCAAUCUCAAGCUGAAAACAAACUCAUUUGCCUGCAGCUGCUAAUGGAAGCAGGCGCUUCGCCACUCAGCCAGGAAAUCAAAAGUAAUAAGACUGUACUCCACCUGGCUGUGAAGGAGGGAAAUAUCCAAUUGGUUCAUUUUUUCCUGAAUCUCCAGUUGCCUAACAUACAGGCCUUUAUCAAUAUGAAGGCCCAUGGACACACAGCCUUGCACAUGGCAGCAGGGUUACAUGGAAGCCCAGAUCAGGAGGAGCUGAUCAGACUGCUGCUCAGCAGAGGAGCUGAUCCGAGUAUCCGCAAUCUGGAGAAUGACCAGCCCGUACAUCUGCUGCAAAGUGGAGAACAAGGAGAGAAGCUCAAGCUCAUCUUAAAGAAGAGAAAUGCCUCUAGGCGGCGUAUCACAUCCAUACAGGACCAAGAGUGACCAGGACUGCUUUCCAGUCUCAAUAUGUCUCCCUUUACUUGUCAUAGGGACUUCUCAUAGGCCUGCAUUCACUCAAGGAAAAUUAGAGCAGAAACGUAUAAUAAUAAUAAUAAUAAUAAUAAUAAUAAUAAUAAUAAUAAAGAAUUAUUUAAUCAACUUGUAGUCAUAACAAAUGAUAAAGAACCUUUAUAUAAUCUUCUGAAAAUGUGCUUCGAAAUUCUGUCUUCUAUUCCUUGACUGAAUUCAGAUCUUGACUUUAUAACAGAUUUUAUCUACAGAUGUGGCCAUUGAAAAUGCGUGUCAAAGGAAAAGGCAUCCUGUAUGAAAUUAAAAUGAUGCCAAAAAACGAUUUGCAUGCGCGGGGUAAGAUAUGCGAAAGUGCACAUCAGAUUGCAAGCGUCAAUUAAAUUUGUGUGGAUGAGAUUAAAAAAAUAAUAAUAAAAAAGAGUUGCAGCAUUUCACUUCACGUGUAAUUCAUGUCUUGUGAAACUGCAGCGUCGCGUUAACUCGAAAUAAAUAUGAACUGUGUUCUUCUGACCUUCAAUUUUCCGCACGUGUUUUUUCCCCCUCUGAAACACGGCCAAAAACAGUGCAAUCCUGUGAACAGCGAUUUGCAAGCGAAAGCAAUGGUGUCAAGAACUGCAAAACGGAUCGACCGCGUAGAACCAAUCUGUAUGUGUCGAAAAUAAAUUGCAAAAUGACGUACAAAACUGUCUAAAUGACUUUUUGCGUACAUAUAGGGAAAAUAUUUAAGGUCUGAAAUAACCAGAUAUUUACUAUUCUGGCUUUCUUUUAGCUGCGGUUACAGUUUUGACCCGAUUUUCUCACUCAUUAUAGUUUUGCAAGCCUGAGGGGGAAGUUGACUCGUUAACUCUCGAUUUACUCGUAUCUGACUGGUUCAAUAAACACGCCAGGCGGGAGAAGACAUCUUUAUUAUAGGAACUCAAAAGUUGGUCCAAACUGAGCUACUCAGAGGAACUUGGACCUGCGUGACCCGCUGGGUAUCACGGUGCAAACCACUAAAAAGCACAGCACGGACCAAUUGACUAGUGCGACCCACUGGGCGGCGCGGCGUGGGCAGGUUGUAUGAAGCACAACAAAUUUAAAUUCUACAAAGCGCGCUUUCAGGAUGCCGCAUGAUCACCUGUGAUGAAUCACGUGAAACCGCAUGAACAAAACGUGCAUUCUUAAAGGCCACAUCUGUAUAGUAUCCUCUUGUAGGGGAUUUCAGAGUUCACUUCGAUGUAUUAUUGCAGAAUGUUGUUUGCUUACUGACACAUUUCAUUUCACUGGUCUUUCUUGUAAAAGAUACUCAUGAAAAUGUGAUUUCUGUGAAAUCAUCUGUUGGGGUUCAAGUCGAAUUUCCCACGGUUUUAUCAACCAUAUUGGUUUAGAGUUUUCUCAGUACACUACACUGCAUCAGUGUAAUCUUACCCUGCUAAAAAACUGUCUAUUUAUUCUUUUUGUACUUAUGUUUUACAUGUAUUUGUUAAAGUAUUUGACUCAGGGAUAAAUUAUUUACACGCAGAAGCUCUGUGUGUUCGCUAACUUUUUUGUGGUUGACCGAGAAGGUGGGUAGAGCUCAUAAGUUAUAGCCCGAAUGUGAGUGUGUAUUGAUGAGUCAUUACAGGGGGUGAAAAUGUCACCCUUUUUUUUUUUUUUUUUUUUUUUUUUUUUUUUAAGUUGACCUCAGAAUGGCAAUCAUCUCUCCAGUUCAGUCUGGUAAUGGUGUCAAUUACAUCAACUGUAUCACUAGAUUAUAAUUUGACGAUAUCAUAAUAUAAUGAAGAUAUAAUGAUUUAUUAUCUGUUGAAUUUGGUAAAGACGUGAGAAUUAGAAGCGACUCUAUUGCUAAGUGAAAAAGACAAAGUGGAGGAAUGGCCAAGGGGAUUAUCUCAUGUGAAUCACUGGGUUUCUGGGACUUGAGUACCUUGUAAUUCAAAUAAGGGGGGGAAAACAUUAUACUGUCACUUCCUUGCAAGACAGAGUGAAAUGAUUCUUAAUUUAUGAGAAUUGUUCGAGUGUUUCAAGGAAACAGAAGCCAAACAUUGUCUACUUGUUCUAAACCUUUUUCUUUGAAUAACUGCUUAAUAUUGAAUAUAAGACAUCAACACUGCAAUUAAACAACAAACUUCCUGUUUGAAUGUAAUAAACUGACCAAAUGAAUUGUUUCAAGCUUCAGCAAUGGCAUUAAAAUUUGCUAUUAAAAUUGUGGCUUGUU